AUGUGUCAGCCAAUGGGAGCCACGUGCACGGUCAGAGGAAACAACACCAGCCAGAGUUUCCAUAACUUUGGUGAGAGGCAAAGAAUUUCCUGCUGUGCCGGUCACCAUUUCCAAGGUUCUGACUGCAGCUGCAGAUCCAACGGCGGCAUCCGUGAGGUUUGUGUUAACAAGCAUCUCUUGCAACCUCUUUUUCUGGGGGUCGACCCAAAUGACCAUCGUAUCAAAGCACAUGAAAUGGAGCAGAUAAAGGCCCUCAACAAUCAGUUUGCCUGCUUUAUUGACAAGGUUCAGUUCUUGGAACAGCAGAACCAGAUGUUGCGCACUAAAUGGCAUCUGCUACAAAACCAGAAUAUCCCAGCAGUGAAGAAAGAUCUGAAGCCACUCUGUGAAAAUUACAUCACCAACCUGAGGAGGAAACUGGACCUUGUCUUGUGUGAGAAGAACAAACUUGAGAUCCAACACAAAGGCAUGCAGAACCUUGUUGAGGAGCACAGAACCAAGUAUCAAGAAGAACUGAACAGGCGAACAAAUGCAGAGAAUGCUUUUGUCGUGCUAAAGAAGGAAGUUGAUGCUGCAUUUAGAUAUCGGAAGGAGCUAGAAAUGAAGCAGGACUUGUUGAAAGAAAAUCUUGAUUUCUUGAGAAUUUUCUAUGCAGAGGAAAUUGCGGCAUUGAAUCGUCAACUCUAUGACACAUCCGUUGUUCUCAAUAUGAACAAUAGCCGUCGCCUGAACAUGGACAGCCUCAUUAAGAGCAUUGAAUGCUGGUAUCAGACCAUUGCACAGAGGAGCAAAGAAGAAGCUAAUCUCUUCUAUCAGAACCAGAUUCAGAACCUUCAGAAUCAAAGUUGCCAAUUCCAUGAGAACCUCAAAAGAAACAACUCUGAAAUUGCAGAGCUGAACAGGAUGACCCAAGUAUUGCAGUGCCAGGUGGAUAAUGAGAAGAAAAAGGUUGCUUCUCUACGUACUGCCAUUAGCACCACUGAACAACAUGGUGCCUGUGCUGUUAAAGAGGCCCAGGCUAAUUUCACGGAGCUUCAGACUACCCUGCAGAAUUCCAAAGACAAACUGGCUGCCCUCUUGCGGGAUUACCAUGACCUCAUGAAUACCAAACUGGCCCUUGAUAUUGAGAUUGCCACCUACAAGACAAUGCUGGAGGGUGAAGAGAAGAGGUGA